AUGGCCUCUCCACCCAAGCCCUGGGAGCAGCCUGGCGCGGCUGCGACUGCUGCCACAUCGCCUAUCUUGCCGUCAGUUGCGUCAGGAACUACGACAUCAAUCACCGAUUCGUCUUCUGCCCCUCCGCUUCCUAAUCGACCUUCGUCUCUCACAUCGACGGUAAAUCAGAACGCUGCCAAUUACAGCAGGAUGAAUACCUCGCCGUAUAGCUCAAUGGGGGGCGCGUACUCCUCACCCUAUUCCAGCCCAUACUCGCGGUUUGGCAUGGGCGGUAUGGGCGGCAUGAGUGGCUAUGGAGGAGGCAUGUACGGUGGAGGAUACGGUGGCUACGGAGGAGGCAUGUAUGGAGGUAUGGGCGGCGGUAUGUACGGUGGUGGCAUGGGAAUGCCUGGCGACCAAAACAGCUUGACCAAUACCUUCAACAACAGCACUCAGGCUACCUUCCAAAUGCUCGAGGGUAUUGUCACAGCCUUUGGAGGCUUCGCCCAGAUGCUUGAGAGUACCUACAUGGCUACUCACUCCAGCUUCUUUGCCAUGGUCUCUGUCGCUGAACAAUUUGGCAACCUGAGGGAUACUCUGGGCUCCGUGCUGGGCAUCUUCACAUUGAUGCGCUGGAUUCGCACAUUGAUUGCCAAGCUUACUGGUCGACCGCCGCCUGCCGAUGCGACUGCCCUUACACCAGCUGCAUUUGCACGCUUCGAAGGUCGAAGCGUUGGCCCAGACGGUAACCCACUUCCUGCGAAGGCUAGCAAGAAGCCUUUACUCUUCUUUGUCCUGGCCGCCUUUGGCAUUCCUUAUCUCAUGUCAAAGAUGAUAAGGACGCUUGCUGCCUCGCAAGAGCAGGAGCAGAAGCGUCUUCAGGCCCAGGCCAUGGAAUCACAGCAGCCGGUCGACCCUGCUAAGCUUGAGUUUUGCCGACUCACCUUCGACUUCCUCCCUCAGCCUAACACAGGCAUGGAGCUUGAGGCCAGAAAGGGUGACCUUGUUGCCGUCCUAAGUAAAAACGAUCCCUCUGGUAAUCCAAGUGAGUGGUGGCAGUGCCGAUCCCGCGACGGCCGCUCAGGCUAUCUUCCAUCUACCUACCUCGAAGUCAUCAAGCGCCCGGCACAAGAGCCCAAGAAGAUCAAGGCCGCGCCUAGCGAGAGCAGCCGUACAAACUCCCUAACCAGCUCGAUUGUCCGCCCCGAGGAUGGGAAGAGCGACUAUGCUUCUGCUGACGGCAUGCAAAGGAGCCACUUCUACUCAUAG